CCCUAAUAAUGAAUUAUAAAUAAUGUUGAGUGUGGUCUACCGAAAAGUCGCACGAUUGAAGUAGACCGGCAAUUGGCGCAGUAAACUUCGUUAGAGAAUGGAAGGGUGGUGAUCAAUUGUGCAUAUGACGUAAUUUCCACAUCAAUUCUUGCGCCAUUUUACGUUUCUUAGGCGAGAGAAAUGGUGAAAUAGUAACUUCGUUGCGGUGGAAGAUGACAAGAUCUAACGAAGAAUACUAACCGAGAUUCAUCUAAGAUGGCGGACGAAAUUUGCGCAAAACGGAUUAAGAAGUCUGAUGGUGUUAACAUGGUUACUUGUCAAGCCCCAGUCAAUAUUGCCAUCAUAAAAUACUGGGGGAAAAGAAACGAACAGCUUAUUCUACCUUUGAAUUCUUCACUAAGUGUAACUCUUGAUAAGAAAGAGCUCCAUUCUUCUACAACUGUUGCAGUUAGUGAGGAUUUUUCUGAAGAUUGUCUUUGGCUCAAUGGAAGGAAGCAUAACAUUGCUGAAAUGCCACGGAUUCAAAAGUGUCUAGCAACAAUGAGGAAGCUGUCACACAAUGAGUCUCUUAAGGACUGCUGUAUUCACAUUUGCUCACAGAACAACUUCCCUACUGCUGCAGGCCUGGCUUCAUCUGCUGCUGGAUAUUCCUGCCUAGUUUUUGCUCUGUCAAGAUUACUUCAAGUCAAGGGUGAUCUUUCAAGAAUAGCAAGGCAGGGGUCAGGAAGUGCUUGCCGCAGUAUGUAUGGAGGGUUUGUUGAGUGGGAAAAAGGUGAUGCAGAGGAUGGAUCAGACAGCAUUGCUAAACAGAUUGCUACUGAAGAUCAUUGGCCAGGUUUAAGGGUACUUAUUCUGGUGGUCAAUGAACACAAAAAAGGCACAAGUAGUACUGAUGGAAUGAAAAGAAGUGUAGAAACCAGUGAUUUACUUAAGUUUAGAUCUGAGUUUUGUGUUCCUGAGAGAAUGAAGAUAAUGAAGAAAGCAAUCUCGGAGAGAGAUUUUGAGACAUUUGCAGAAACUACAAUGAAGGAAAGCAAUCAGCUGCAUGCAGUGUGCCAGGACACCUACCCUCCCAUCGCACCACCAUACAUGAAUCAGACCUCACACAGUAUAGUUCAGCUGGUCACCCUGUACAACAACUUCUGUGGUCAACUUAAGGUUGCCUACACAUUUGAUGCCGGACCCAACGCGUUCUUGUUUGUAAUGGAAAACGAUAUUGCAGAAAUUUCGUCGCUUAUUAGACACUUCUUUCCUCCAGAAACCGACAGAGGAUUUAUUCAAGGAAUGGAAGUAAAAUCUCAAACUGAUUUAAACAAGAAUCUUUUGAAGUCGAUUACUAUUGAACCAUCUCCAGGAGCUGUAAAGUACGUUAUUUCAACAAAGGUUGGCAGUGGCCCAAGUGAACUGGGCGAAGAACAUAGCCUUCUUGAUGAAAAUGGGCUGCCCAAACCCUAACAUAACAAGAACUGUCUUUCCAAGAACUCCAACAAGAUAGACGCUUUUGAGAGACUUUUUCUACGCCUGUAAUGCUAUUCCUUCGUUAGCUUGUCUGUAACUGAAAGUUAAAAUCUAUUUCUCCCGUGCUUGGUUCAAAACUGACAUCA